AGCACCAAUCCAAAUGUCCUUAAAAAGUUUUGAUAUUGGGCGUGGUAUUGGUAAAGGACAAUUUGGUCGUGUUUACAUUGCAAGGGAAAAAAUGAGCGGCUAUAUAGUAGCCUUGAAGGUGCUAUCUAUUCAUGAACUAAUUAAAGCAAAUGCUGAAAGACAACUAAGACGCGAAGUAGAAAUUCAGGCAAAUCUAAGGCAUCCAAAUAUUCUUCGACUUCUCGGGCAUUUUCAAGAUAAUAUAUAUUUUGUCUUGAUCCUUGAAUAUGCAGCCAAAGGAGAGCUUUAUAAACAACUUGUGAAAUCCGGUAGACUUAAAGAGAAAAAAGCAUCAAGGUAUAUUGCACAAAUGGCUGGAGCAUUAAGUUAUAUUCACAAAAAACACGUUAUUCAUCGAGAUAUAAAACCAGAAAACUUGUUGAUUGAUUUGAACGACGAAAUCAAGAUUGCAGAUUUUGGGUGGUCUGUGCAUACACCAAGUCAAAGGCGUAAAACAUUUUGUGGUACUUUGGAUUAUAUUCCACCAGAAAUGGUUGAAGGUAAAGAACAUGAUGAAAAGAUUGAUCUUUGGUCACUUGGUGUUUUGUGUUACGAACUCUUGACUGGAACCGCACCAUUUGAAGAAACUGGGCAUACUGCAACAUAUAAACGAAUAGCAAAAGUUGAGUUCACACUUCCUGAUCAUUUGUCAUACGACGCUAGAGACUUGAUUUUUACUACAACGCGAUCCGAAACGACGUCUACCUUUGAAAGAUGUUUUAAAGCAUCCGUGGAUUCAAAAACACAAGAAAACCUAGUGAUUGCCGGA